UGGAUUGAAAGCGCCUUUUAAAAACAAAAGCCAAGGAAGAACUUGGGCGCCUUUGUUUUCUGAUUAGCAUCAAAUUUUGGUUGUUUUUAGAACGGGUUACAAUAUAUAUUUCAUUAACACUUUUUUUAUUUUUUAAGUUAAGUACGAAUGCCUUAAAUUACUUUGUUGAUGACAGUAACAGCUCAAAUCGUGAGUUGGUAAUUCCAUGUAGGCUAACUGUUAACUGGUACUAGCAGCCGUGUGGAUAUUAGCUAACCGGUGAAACAGGGGGCCCACCGUGGAAACCAACCACAAACAGCAAAAAUAUCUUAACUUUAGUCAGUUCUAACGCUGCGCCGAACUCUUUAUUCUGCUCAGGAAGAAGAUGGAAGCUCCUCCUGUCACAGUUAUGCCCGUCACCGGCGGUGCCAUCAACAUGAUGGAAUAUCUGUUACAAGGCAGUGUUUUGGAUCAGGCUCUGGAAAGCCUCCUGCAUCGCCUGCGUGGUCUCUGUGACAACAUGGAACCAGAGACUUUCACCGACCACGAGCUGGUUUACCUUUUGAAAGGCCAGCAAGGCAACCCCUUCAUUCUGCGUGCCAGACGCUCCCUCUCCCACCCUACUUCUCCAUGGCACCUGCGGUAUCUAGGCCAGCCAGAAGUGGGAGACAAGAGCCGCCAUGCUCUGGUUCGCAACUGUGUCGAUGUAGCUGCCUCUCAAAGCCUUCCGGAGUUCCUCAAUGAGAUGGGCUUUCGCAUGGACCAUGAGUUUGUGGCCAGUGGUCACAUAUUUCGCAAAGGAGCAAUGAAAGUUGUGGUUAGCAAGGUUUCACGCAUCCUAGUACCAGGGAACACGGAAAAUACAGAGCGAAUGUCGCUGUCGUAUUUAGUGGAACUGAGCAUUUUGGCUCCGGCCGGACAGGACACCGUGUCAGAAGACAUGCGCAGCUUUGCCGAGCAGCUCAAACCUCUGAUUCAUCUGGAGAAGAUUGACCCAAGCAAGCAGAGACAUUAAGCAUUAAUGGAAAAAAAUGUUUUUGUUAUUGUUUUCCUUUCCAUUUAAAUGCUUUUUAAUGUGAUGAAAUACAGAUUUACUUUGCUUAAACUGUUACAGUUGUGGUUAA